UUAGAUGGUUUAGAUACUCAGUUGGAUGCAAGCAAGUGGCCUGCGAGGGUGCUGUUUUUGUGAUCACGCUUAGUUCUGACGAAAAAAGUCGGAUCGGAACGAACCGGCGGAGUUUGGACUAUCUGUUUGUUGUCGUUGGUCCCUUACAUUUAAAUUCGAUUCCUUGGAAAGGAACACAUUACCGAAAUGUAUCCAAACUGUGCAAACGAUGGUGACGGGGGAGGAGACGGGCGCAAGCACGAAUCUAUCGAAAUGAGCAAGGAGUUGAGUCAGCCACCAAAUUUGCAGUCUAACACACCAACAAAUACGGACACGUCCAAUAAACAGCAGUUGGUUAAAAUUGAACUUCCCGAACGCGGAUCAUGGUCUUCCAAAAUGGAUUUCAUACUAUCUGUAGUGGGUCUAGCAAUCGGUUUGGGAAAUGUUUGGCGAUUUCCUUAUUUGUGCUACAAAAAUGGAGGAGGAGCAUUUAUAUUACCGUACAUAAUAACGUUGUUCCUAGCUGGAAUUCCAAUGUUUUUCAUGGAGUUAGCUCUUGGUCAAAUGCUGACAAUUGGUGGUCUUGGUGUGUUUAAAAUUGCCCCCAUAUUUAAAGGAAUUGGAUAUGCUGCUGCCGUUAUGUCUUGUUGGAUGAAUGUCUACUAUAUUGUCAUUCUGGCCUGGGCAGUAUUUUAUUUUUUCAUGUCGAUGAGAGCAGAUGUACCUUGGAGAACGUGUAACAAUUGGUGGAAUACAGUCAGCUGUGUUAAUCAAUACGAAAGGAAAAAUUUAAAUUGCUGGGACAAGAUAAUUAAUGGCACCGCAAAAAGGAUUUGUUCCGUAUCUGCUGUAAACAUUACAUCUUCAGAACUUACGGACCCAGUAAAAGAAUUUUGGGAGCGUCGCGCACUUCAAAUUUCACAUGGAAUUGAGGAGAUUGGAAAUAUUCGCUGGGAACUGGCUGGAACUUUAUUGCUUGUCUGGAUCCUCUGCUACUUUUGCAUUUGGAAAGGAGUAAAAUGGACUGGGAAAGUUGUCUAUUUUACUGCUCUAUUUCCCUAUGUUCUUCUGACAGUUCUGCUAGUUCGUGGAAUAACUUUACCUGGUGCUUUUGAAGGCAUUAAAUUUUAUAUUAUUCCUAACUUUUCAAAGUUGUCUAAUUCUGAGGUCUGGAUAGAUGCUGUUACGCAGAUAUUUUUCUCAUAUGGCCUUGGACUAGGUACCCUAGUGGCAUUAGGAAGUUACAACAAGUUUACCAAUAACGUUUAUAAGGACGCGCUUAUUGUCUGCACAGUUAACUCUAGCACCAGUAUGUUUGCUGGGUUCGUAAUAUUUUCUGUUAUAGGAUUUAUGGCUCACGAACAACAGAGACCAGUAGCUGAGGUAGCAGCAUCAGGACCUGGACUGGCGUUCCUUGUGUAUCCAUCGGCAGUGCUGCAGUUGCCGGGUUCUCCAAUGUGGUCUUGUCUCUUUUUCUUUAUGCUUCUGCUUAUUGGAUUGGACUCGCAAUUUUGUACAAUGGAGGGAUUCAUCACUGCGAUUAUUGAUGAAUGGCCUCAAUUGCUGAGGAAACGCAAAGAAAUUUUUAUUGCUAUUGUAUGCGCACUUAGCUAUUUAGUUGGCUUAACCUGUAUUACGCAAGGCGGCAUGUAUAUAUUUCAAAUUUUGGAUUCGUAUGCAGUUAGUGGCUUCUGCUUACUGUGGCUCAUAUUCUUUGAGUGCGUCUCAAUAUCUUGGUGCUAUGGAGUUGAUCGAUUUUACGAUGGAAUAAAGGAUAUGAUAGGAUACUAUCCUACAGUUUGGUGGAAAUUCUGCUGGUGUGUUACCACCCCUGCUAUAUGCUUGGGCGUCUUUUUCUUUAACAUAGUUCAGUGGACUCCAAUUAAAUAUUUGGACUACAGCUAUCCAUGGUGGGCGCACGCUUUUGGUUGGUUUACGGCAUUGUCAUCCAUGCUUUAUAUACCCAUAUAUAUGUUCUGGUUGUGGAAACGAACUCCUGGUGACUUGAGUGAGAAAAUCCGCGCUAUAGUUAGGAUAGACGAGGAUGUAACCCGGUUACGCGAGAAAAUGCAGAGAGAAGCUUAUGCUAAGGAGAUUGACUUCAAUUCUUUAUAGACGUAUUUAAGUUAUACAAUCAUACGAUUUAAGGCACUUUUUGUUAACAGGUUCAUUCAGAUAAAUCUGAAAUCAUUCCCUACAUAGACAACUCAAGUAACAACAUUUUCCAAGAUCUUUUUAUCGAUUUUCCUGUCCUUAAUCCUUGCAAUGAACCUUUGUAGUAAUUUUAUAUUUUAAAUAAUUUUAUCUUUUUAACCCAAACGCUAGUCUAAAUAAUCAAGCAAAACAAAAAAAUCUAGGCAUGUUAACGGUUAUUGAAGUGUUUUAUAUGGUACUUACUCAAGAGUAGUAUGCUAUCUAGAGUGAUUAGAAUCUUCCAUUUCUUUAAAAUCGGCUUCGUUAGCAAACGUGAGUAAAGUGCAAGAUUUUGAAACCAAUUUCACCAUUGUUUCUUAAGAAAUUCAUCGAUAUGUUCUUGGCCUGCCAGUGUCAAGUUCUCAUCCAUUAGUUUAGGUUACUUGAUAUAAUAAAUACAAAGAAAAUAUAUUUAAUAUUGCAGAUGUAAAAAUUAAAGCCGAGUCAAUAGGGGAACAGGAACUUCACAUAAGCAGAAAUAGAUACAUUCCCUGCAGUUCUUGAUGUCAUUUGUCACGUAUGAUUCAUUAGGUGAAUCACCCACUAAAGUGUUCGUGCCAUGGGUGACGCAUCUUUAUAUGCAAUAUGUAUGAAAUUUCCUUUUGUUUUACAGUCAGCAAGAGAGAGAAUAACAUCUACACACAGAUUCACAUGACACUUCGCUGACUACCAGAACUUCAGGGCUUACACUUAUAUCAACAUCACAGCCAGAACAGAAUAUAUUUGUUUCAAAAUUGAUACCGAUUAGAAAAUAUUUUGCAAUGUAGUAUUGUUUAGAAUUAAGUAAUGGUGUCCCACAUUGAAAUCACAUUCAUGUAAAAUAAGAUUGUCGUUAUUUAUAUAUAUGUUUGUUUCAAUGUCCUGAUGGUGCUUCAGACAUUGUUAUGUAAUUUAUCUUUAAAAUGUCUAUAAGUUGCUUAACGUGUCAAAUAAAUCGAAUAUCCACAUAACAA